AUGUCAACUUCAAUUCAGCCUCUUCUCUUCACUCCCAAGUCCCAGAGACCAACCGUCACUACUACUCAAGUCUUUCCAGAUCAUCACCCCUUCUCAGUUUCAGCAACUCUAUUAAGAUCCGGUCAUGGGUGUCAUCACUUUUCACUUCGAUAUCCCAUCCCCCAUUCCCAGGCCAGGAUGUUCAAGGCCGCUAUCCUCGAUGCCGAUAACCUCCUCCCCAAGGUCCUCCCACAAGCCGUCAAGAGCGUUGAAGUCCUCGAGGGCGAUGGAGGUCCCGGGACCAUCAAGUUGAUGACUUUUGCCGAAGGCAAUCCGUACAAGACAGCGAAGCACAAGGUCGAGGUCCUGGACAAGGAGAACUUCACCUACUGCUACUCAAUCAUCGAGGGCGAAAUGCUGGGCACCACCUUCGAGAAGAUCACCCAUGAGGUGAAGAUCAACGCGUUGCCUUUGGGAGGCUCGAUGUUGAAGUGCACGGACAGUUACUUCACCGCGGAGGAGAUCAACACCUGGAAAGAGAAGGUGUCCGCGAUGUACGAGGCCAUCGAGGCUUAUCUCUUGGCAAACCCUGAUGCCUACUGA